ACGUAGUGAGCACGAGUACACUUUCCCCGUUAAUCUUUUAUUUUUACCAAAGUGGCCGACGCCACUACAAUUUUGGGGAUUUCUUUUUAAAAAAAUUCGUUGCUUUAGGUUCUACGUAUGUAUCAGUAAUAUAAAAUAUCAGUUCCCCGGAACCAUCGGAUACUUUGUCCCCAGUUUUUAAUUUGCAGGACAGGGCUUACAGCCUACAGAAUGGAUUAUCUCAGAUGUCUUUUGGCUGUAUCGCUGGUUCAGAUUGUAACAUCAUCCGGGCUGUUUGAGCUGAAAAUCCAUUCAUUCACCACAACACGACGUUAUUGUAGACGGUCAAGGGAAUGUAAUAUCUUUUUCCGAAUUUGCUUGAAACAUGCCGAGGAUGUUAUAUCUGCUGAACCACCGUGUACGUUUGGAACAGGACAAACAAAUAUUCUACAUGCUGAUCAGAGCUCAAUCGCGAACAGUGUGCCCAUACGAGUACCUUUCCAUUUCAAGUGGCCGGGAACAUUUUCUCUCAUAAUUGAAGCAUGGAACGCCGAAUCUACUACAGACCACACAGAAAAUCAGAAUAAUCUUAUCAGCCGUUUAGCCACAAGAAGGAGAUUAGCAAUCGGCGAGAGUUGGUCUCAAGAUAUUCACUAUGGAGAGCAGAGUGAGAUGCGAUAUUCCUACCACGUUUCCUGUGAUGAAAACUACCACGGCGAAGAUUGCUCUGAUUAUUGCAGACCUCGUGAUGAUACUUUAGGCCAUUAUACGUGUGAUGAAAACGGAUCCAGGGACUGUUUGGAAGGAUGGAAAGGCCAGUACUGCUCUGAGCCCAUCUGCUCCUCGGACUGCAGCGAGGCCCACGGCUACUGUGAGUCCCCUGGGGAGUGCAAGUGCCGCUUGGGGUGGCAGGGGCCCCACUGCACUGAGUGCGUCCGCUACCCAGGCUGCCUCCAUGGAACCUGCUCCCAGCCCUGGCAGUGCAUCUGCAAGGAAGGCUGGGGAGGCCUGUUCUGCAACCAGGACCUCAACUACUGCACAAACCACAAGCCGUGCGCCAACGGGGCCAGCUGCACCAACACCGGCCAGGGCAGUUACACAUGCACAUGCCGGCCAGGGUUUGGUGGCACCAACUGUGAACUCGAGAUCAACGAGUGUGACUGCAACCCAUGCAAGAAUGGAGGCAGCUGUAACGAUCUGGAGAAUGACUACUCGUGCACCUGCCCCCAGGGCUUCUAUGGUAAAAACUGUGAGAUCAUUGCCAUGACCUGCGCCGAUGACCCUUGCUUUAAUGGUGGCACCUGUAUAGAAAAGCUGACAGGAGGCUAUAAUUGCCAGUGCCUCCCAGGCUACACCGGCUCUAACUGUGAGAAGAGACUUGAUCGUUGCAGCCACAAGCCUUGUUCUAAUGGGGGUGACUGUGUGGAUUUGGGCCAGAGUGUCCUCUGCCGGUGCCGUCCAGGCUUCACUGGACCUGACUGUAACAUCAAUGUGGAUGACUGUGCCCAAGCUCCCUGCCAAAAUGCUGGCACAUGCGUCGAUGGUGUCAAUGAUUAUGUAUGUAGAUGCACACUGGGUUACUCUGGCAAGAACUGCAGCGUCCGUGCUGAUGCUUGCCUGGUGCAUCAGUGCCAGAAUGGAGGCACAUGUUACACUCAUUUUAGUGGCCCUGUCUGCCAGUGUCCCCCUGGUUUCAUGGGUCCAAGCUGCGAGUUCCCUGUGCGACCAAGCUUUGAGAGGGCCUACUGGCGAAGUCCCUCAUCCUCUGGACUCUCCCCAGCUGCCCUGGCCACUUCAGUCAUCCUGGGCAUGAUGGCCUUUGGCCUUGCUGUCUGCGCUGUGAUUUUGCACCGACGGAAGAGGGUGAAGCAGAUAAAGAGGCAGCAGCUUUGCGACUCAGUCUUCAACGAUCUGGAGCCAGAAAACGUCAGCAACUUUGGCUCAAGCUACCCAGAUGAGAGGGGUGACUACCUUAGUCACAUUGGAGGCAGGAACAGCCAUGGGAAGAUCAGCAACAAUGAUGGCCGGCUCAGCCUCUCCUUGUGCCCUGGCAUGACAGACAGAGGAGGCCCUGAAUUCAUAUGGAGCAGUUCAGCUGUUGGAAUGGGACUAAGAUGAGAAUUCUAGAAUUCUUAGCAUGCAUCCAUACAGACACAAACACACAAAGGACAAACAAGGCAUAUUUUAUACACAUGCUUGCUUACAGAUCAGGACUGCAUUAUGACUAGCAUGCAGACACGACACCAAGUUGACAAACAUUAGAAUACAUAUUUUUCUGAACUUCACCAACCAGGUGUAGCUUGAUCUGACACUUAUCUGGGCUUUGUCUCCAUAGCACUACUCUGAUUCCAAUCAAGUAAGGCUUGGACUUGCCCAAACAUCUAUAAUGAUCACCAGCCAAUUUCUGUAUGAAACUGGCAUUAUUUAAGAUGUUUAAUUGCCUUGGACAUUUUUCACAAUUUCGAAGUAUAAAAGUUGUGAAGUUGAUGAUCUUACGUGACCUACCUUUUUGUCUUAGUAAAUGAAUGAAUAAUGUAAACACAAAUAUUUUCAUCAUACUAAAACUAAAAGUAUUUGUUUUAUUUUUAAUAGAGCCCUGGGGAUUAUUUAUUUAUUAAUUUAGAUUUAUUCCAUAUGAUUUAUUCAUUACAUUUAUUUUCAAAUCACUUGCUUUUAAAAGUCAUUGUUUAUGUUUGCCCAAAGAUAAAUUUGGUACAGUUGUUUUGUGUACAGAUUUCUGUUAAUUUAUUCUUAUGUUUUGCCAUUUGUACAUGUCUAUUGAAGUGACCAUCAUAUGUUGUUCAGCAAAUCACUGUUGUGGGUGUGCGUUUAUAAAAUCUGACCCCACUAGCUCAUCUACCUUAAAAAAAAAAACACUGUAUAUGAUGGUGUGGCCUUUUUUAUUGCUUGCCAUAGAUGUGAAACUCACUCCUUAGCAGCCCUGGUGUGUUGUGCCUGUGGUAAUCUCAAGAACAUCCAUGGGUGAUGUUUAAUGUGAGCAGGUUGUUUAAUUGGCCAUUUUUUGAAAGUCAAUUGAAGCCUACCCAACCAUAUUUUCCCUUUUAUUCUGCCAUCACAUUCUGACUAGUCUUUGAACUGUGGGAACAAUCUCCAUGAUGGCCUCCCCUCUACUUUUCCCUCCUUGGUGUGUCACACGACACUUCGAACUUGUGCAUCAUUAUUUAUUUAUAUAAAUGUGUUUAUUUAUUGAAUUAUUUAUACAUGUACUCAGGUCCCUCGUGGCAGACUUAAAUUGUCUGCUGUAUAGGAGGCGGCUGUAAAAAUACAGCACAUUUAACAAGGCUGCUACAGCUGAUGGGCCUGUAUCCCAUCAAGUUAAUGUUGUCUGACCUGUUACUAUUCACUGGCAAAGAUGUAACCAAGGAAACCUUGCUACAUGGGAAUUCUAUUUACUGAGUUGUGAAUGCAGAUUGGCUGUACUGAGAAGCCAGUCUCAUUAAAUAAUUGAGAUAGUAUUUUGUUUAGGCUACAAGAUAAUACAACCCAAAUUCCGAAAACGUUUGGACGCUUUGUAAAAUGUGAAUAAAAGAAUAAUGCUAUGAUUUAUAAA